CCCUGCAGCAUAUAUAUCCAAAUAGUAUACCUCUAUUUCAACAAGAAUAUUCCACUGAGAGCUUGUGCUCAGUUGAAAUCAUCACCUUCCCAUGUCUGCUGGUGGGAGGCUGACCUGAGCAUUCCUUAGUCCUCUUUAGUCACACCUAAGUUUAAAACACAGCAGAAGCAGCAUGUGCUAAUCUUACUGACAUUGCUUUGCAGCUUUGGCAACAAGAUGAAUCAUAAGGAGAGUAUGUUAUGACAAGACAUAGUGGCAAGCAUCGAGAGACUGACUCCAGCUUCUAGGCUCUGCAGCUAGCAUGGGGUUGUUGUUUGGUUUGGGGGCUUUUUUUGGGUUUGGUGAUUUUUGGGGGUUUUUUUUGAAGUAAUUUUUGUGAUUCGCUUUGAUGCAAUUAGCAAUCUGCAUUUAACUAAAGCUCCAUUUGAUUAUAUUAGAAGUUGUUCAACUAUGUAUAUUUCUAGGUAAUUCAUACUGGUUUUCAUGAUUGACCUCUUACUGUCAUUAGCUAUUGUUCCACAGUUUUUGUUAUCACCGAAGUUGUCUGAACUUACACCUUCUUUCAAACCACAUAACUGCGUAUAAAUCUACAGAACAGCACAAGGUUGCCAGCAGAGAAAUCCCUUCAGUGCUUAGCUACAAAUGCUUAUUGAAUUUAACAAUUUCCCAUGUGUGGGUUGUUAAGAUUUUCCUCAUCUCCCCUUUGAAAUUGUUAUUGAUCAGAAUUUUAAGCAAGAUGGAACCAGAUGUCUUACAGAAGUCCUCUAUGUCACCACAAUUACUUUUUCAGCCCAAAAAAUGACCCCAUUUAAAGAGGCUGUGGAGGCUGGGAACAGCCUAUUUUCUCUAGAAGUGGCUAGAGCACUGCUAUUUAUAUACCGGUCUGAUGUUUUCUGAUACAUUAAUGACUGCAGAGACCUAACUGGCCAAUAGUUUCUUGGUAUUCCUGGAUAGCUAGUUAUAACUUUUGUGUUCUCACUCAGUUUCAUUUUCUAAAAUAGCACUUCUUUUCCACCUGUCACAUUAUUUUUUAUUUUUGGAACAGUCAGUACUAGGCUGGUAAUGUUCUGAUGUCUAGGGAUGUUUGAAGGCAUGUCUGCUUAGUACCAAUAAUUGCUUAUUUUGUUAAAAAAACCCCUACAUUACUUCAUAUUAAAUUUACUUCAAAAUGCAGCCCCAUUUACAGCUUAACUUAGUCUUUAAAAUAGGAACAGAAAUGGUAUGAUAUUCUAUUUUUCCACCCCACACUGAUUUCUAUAUAAUUUCUCACAGUAUGUAUGUGGCUUCUAGGUGCAAGAUACAGGAUAUAUAUUUUUUCCUUUGCACUUAGGGACAAAUUCACUUAUCUGUGCAGGAUGUGUGUGGUUGACAGAGGUGGCAAAAUAAAGAAAAGAGAGCCUUGCAACACAACGGAAGAUGAUAAAGCUUAUAAUCACACUAAAUUUCUCGUAGCCUUAAGAAGCAGAAGAGGGAGAGGCUACGGAAGCUGUUACUCUAUUGUUGUUCCUUCUUCCUUCUCCUUCCCAACAGAAUUAAUUUGACCUCAGCUACUCUGUUUUCACCUCUUCUAGUUCCACCCCACCAAAUUUCCUCUCUGUGCUUCUUCAUGUUCCCUUUUGCAUUAAUGCAAGUUUUUUCAGAGAGCAACUGGUAACAUGGAUUGCACUUCGGAAGGGGACAGCUGAACUCUCCCUCUGGCUUUAGUAAGGAAAGAGCAGCGAUGAAAUCCGUGGACUGUGUGCACGUCAUCCAACAGAAGGAUACCGCCUCCUCUCCCUCUGCCCCCCCUGGUGCUGUUUCAGGCGCCACGGGACUUUUUCCUGUCACAUUCCUGUGGCUUGCAAUGCUCCUGUCCUCUUGUCUUGCAGCAGUGUCUCUUUACCAUGUUAUCAUCCUGAAAACAGAACUAGAAGCCCUGCGCAGCGAGCUGAUCCACAGCAUCCAGGCAAGGUCUCCGCUAGACCAACCACUCGUGUCUCCUGAUGAAAACAAAGCAGGUAGCCCUGUUUCUUCCUUCCUGCAAGUGUCUGCAGCUGGCUCCAGGCAGGAGAGCAGGCUUGCUGGUGCUGGCGCAGCUGAGAGCUUCCAAAAGGAAAUCUGGAAUGGGAGUAGAAACAGGGGCAGGCGGUCUGUUGUCAACACAGAAGAAAAAGUGCUGCAGGCCUGCUUGCAACUGAUUGCUGACAGCAAAAGUGAUGUCCAACAGAAAGAUGAUUCAAGCAUUGUCCCUUGGCUCCUGAGCUUUAAACGUGGAACAGCUCUGGAAGAACAAGGAAAUAAAAUAGUGAUCAAAGAAACAGGUUAUUUUUUCAUAUAUGGCCAGGUUUUAUAUACAGAUACAACAUUUGCUAUGGGACACCUAAUACAGAGGAAGAAGGCUCAUGUGUUUGGUGAUGAUCUCAGCUUGGUGACAUUGUUUCGCUGCAUCCAAAAUAUGCCACAGUCUUAUCCAAAUAAUUCUUGCUACACUGCUGGCAUUGCAAAAUUAGAAGAAGGGGAUGAACUUCAACUUACAAUACCACGGAGAAGGGCUAAAAUAUCCUUGGAUGGAGAUGGUACUUUUUUUGGUGCAGUAAGACUCCUCUGAAGCCCUUCAUUUCUGUUUUUAUGCUUAAUGCCAUUUUCUUCUCUACCUAUGCCUUUGUCAGAAAAAAUAUUGAAUUGUAAUAAAGCUGCCAAUUCAGCCUCUCCUGAUUCACCACAGGCUUCUAAGAAUUUUCUUCACUUUAAUAUGCAAACCCAAAACAGGAAACAUACCAGACAUACUUGUGAUGGGAGACUCUAGAUAGCAAAUAUAAAACAAUGAGGUUUUGGCUUUGAAACAAUUUGUUAUCCAUAUGGUAAACCAACGGAGUUGACCAAAAAUAACAGCAAGACCAGGACCACAGACUAUCAAAUUUUUACCAAUUGAAAAGGAAAUCUAAAAUAAAAGUGUAUCCUAGAUUUGCAUCAUUUCAUCAGUAAAGUAUUUAAUAUAUAAAGUGGGGAGAAAAAACAUCAAACAGUAGAUUCCUCACCACAAAAUGAAAUUUUAGUUGUUGUGUUCUUAGUUUUGGUUUGUUUCUUUUUUUCUGUCCCCAGAGAUAUUGGGGAAGGAAAGAUUCUAAAUGUCUGGGAUAAUUAAAACAAAUAUACAGAAUUGUAGCCACUGUCUUGCUUCUUCCCUGUGGGGAAAAAAAAAAAAA